AAGCGUUUUGUUUGGAGAGUACUUGUUGGUUGCUACUUUCAGUACCGUAUAAUUAGUCCUGUUUUCCAUCACAGACUUAAACCUCGGCAUCGUGUUAUUGCUGCUGGAGGAAUGCCUCCACUGGAGUUUGACUGGGAACGGGAACGAAGUGCACAACGCGAGCGUUUCGGAACGUAUGGCCUGAAAAGUGGCAUCAAUCCAAGUAUAUGCUGGCCAACCGUUGAGGAGAUUGAAGAGGAACAAGCAGUAGGCUUGUAUCGUGAAUACCACACAUGUCUAAGAGACAUGAAAGCGCUGAAAGGAAAACAACAAGAAAAAGAGGCAGCAAGAAUCGCAGAACUGGACAAGAAUCUCGAGAAUUAUCCGAAUGUACUAGCUAAAUAUGAAGCAUCACUAGUGAAAGCCGAAAAAGAACGUGAUGCGAAAGAAAUCGCAUUGGAGAACCGCAUACGCGAAAUCCACGAAUAUUUCGGUUACUGGAUGGAUCCUAAAGACCCGCGAUUCGAAGUCAUGUUACAACAGAAGGAGCUGGAGGAGAAGAAGGCAGCAAAAUUGGCACGUAGGGCAGAAAUACAAAAGAAGACUAUCGCUGGUAUAAUGUAA